AUGCCGCUAUCUUGUUAUUUCCGCUUCUCAGGCGCCUCGAUAGUUCCACUCGGGCAUCUUAGCAAUUCCACUGAUGGUGGCGUCACUCCCGGUCAUACUCAUUUUUCGGGACCGCCUUCUGACAGUGCUCGGAUCACGACAACUGAUUCUGGGGCCGGCAACGAGGCUGACCAAAUAGGUUCUUCCAUUGUGGCACUCUCAUCUCCAGAUGCUGCCCCCAUCCAGUUGCCCCCAGAAUCUGGGGUCACAUCUCCAGUGGUAGUCUGCUCCUCGUCCUCUUCAUUCUCCAUUGCUUCGACGCCAAUUUUGACAUCUGCCAAUUCUGUAUCAACGGCUUCCGGAAACGCAUCUGGUAUUUUCUCUUCGCCAGGCCUCCACUCUUCUGGCCGAUCGCUGCCUGCCCUUUUGAGUCUUGGAUUCUCCAGUCCUCCAACCAAUGCGUCGGUGAUAGAUCAGUGGGGCCACGCGAUCUCCAAUUGGGAUCAGUAUUGCAAAAAGAGGCAAUAUUUGGCGGUAAGCCUCUGUCGGGCCUGUUUAUUUGCCAUGGGUACAUCAGAUUUUCGGUCCUAUUGGUGCAGUUAUGGUGUUGCCUGA